UCCUUCUUAUGGUGAAGCGUCUGGAUACCAGGAAAACGCAAGCAGCCAGCGUGUUGCAUUUAGUUAGCUUAUGUAUUUUUGUCGAUGGUUUUCGGGUCGACAGAGGACAUGUAGACGUUUGUAAGGCUAUUUGAUUGAAAGGAUGCGUGGCAACGGCAUUAAAUAACAUUAAGUUUCAUAGUGAACGGCGACGGUAACACAUAUUUCCAGUAUGUUAAAAUUCAGCUUUAGGAGGGAGAAAGACAAGGAGUUUAAGCAUAUAGCUCAUGGUUUGAUCCCUGCUGCUUCCAUUGCUCCAAAGCCAGCUGUACCUCGUACCCCUCCCCCACGCAGCCCAAACCCCUCACCUGAGAGACCCAGGUCAGCCUUAGCAGCAGCCAUUUUAUCAUCUUCACUCACGGGACAGACAUGGGCCAUCCCUCCUGCCAGGCCGAGGUCUUUAUCCGAGAGUGGCCAGUCAGAGUCCUUCAUAUCUGAGCCAAACAUCAGCACAGCACUUUACACCAGAGACAGAUGGUCAGAAGAUUUGGUUAGCCGGCCUCGUCUGUCCUCCCCUGACCAGUCAGAGGGGGAGCUGGAAGACAAGGAAGAGGAAGUGGAGAAUGAAGAGGACGGGGAGGAACAUGUCUACCAAACUCUGGACAGAAGGCAGAAUUCUUCACUCACAGAAUCUGUCUACGCCCUGCCACUAAAAGCUAAGUCUCCGACACCCCAGCCAAGUCAGAGGUCUCACAGAGGAGAGCCUUCUCCAGAUUUCACUGAGGAGAGCAGUGGUCAAUCUCCAGAACCCAAAGAGAAGAAAAUGUCUGUGAGGACGAGUCCUGAAAACUGGAGACAUGAUGUUCCAUGUAGAUCAACGCCAGCCAUGCUAAUUGCUGACCACCCCAGGCAAGCAAGCCAAGCCAAAAGCCCCAAACACCUCACCGAACUGCCUCCAGAACCCAGCAGUAAAUACGGUGAAGUGCGGAAGAAGGUAGUGAGGGACCGUCGGGAAAAGAACACAAGGAUGGUAGACAAAGAAAAGCUACUAGAGGAGAGACUGCAGCGCCUGGAACGGGAGAUCCGUGACAGCAAAGGCUUCUCAAACCAGAGGUGCUCUGCAGGCAGCCAAGCGGAGCUUCAGACUUUGAGGCAGCAUGCUCAGGAGCUGGUAGAUGAAAACGAUGCCCUCAAAUUGACAGUCCACCGUCUGAAUGUGGAGCUGAGCCACUACCAGGCGCGCUUCAGACCGCUGUCCAAAGAGGAGCACUCCAAAGUAGGCGGCCUACCAAACACGGGGUCUCCUCCUCCAUGGAUGGUUGACAUGAAGCAUUUAUCUCCUCUGCUGCUGGCUUAUGAAGACAGGAUGAAUGAGAAAGAUGCACUUCUCCAAAUCACUGAGGAAGACAUGAAGAAGUUGCGUGUUCAAUUAGAGGAAACCAUCAAGGAAAAUGAGAAACUCCAGGAUGAAAUUACCAAGAUUGGAGCGGUCAGUCAGAAGGACUGCCAUCAACUUCAACAGCAGGCCUUUCUGGUUCUGCAGGAGAAUCAGGUUCUCAUUGAUCAGCUCGAGGCUCAGCAUGCUGAGGCCAAGGCGACUCACAGCAAACACAACUCGGAAGUGACCAAAGUGUCUAAGCAACUGAUGUUAUUAGAGGUGGAAAACAAGCGUUUGCAAGAGGACCUGGAAGAAAGCAGGAGGGAGGUGCAGAAAAAUAUGAAAGAGCUUCAAGUUCUGCAGGCCCGCCUAAAGGAUGCCGUCACCUGGGACGAGCACUGCAGCAUUGCUGGGAAACUCAGACGACAACUGGAGCUACAGGAAAUCAGAAAUAAGAGUGAAAUGGACAAAUUGCUUCUGAGAGUGUCUAACCUGCAGGAGGAGAACAGGAUUGUGGCUCUGGACAAAGCCCACCUGACUGCAAAAAUAAAGGCAACAGAGGCUGAGCUGGAGCUCUCCAGACAAGCAAGCAGGAAGGCUGAAAGAAGAAUGAGUGCGUUGGAGCGACAAAAGGAAGAGUGUGUGUUGAAGGAGGAAAAGACACGGCAUUACCUCGGUGCUGUCAUUUCUGUGGCAGAACACAUUUCCCAGGAGAGAGACCGACUGUUACACACGGCAUCAUCUCUUCAACAGGAAAAGCAGAGAUUCAUCAGCAGGCUUCUCAGUGGCACAGUUCGAUUUGGAAAACUGCAAGAAGAAGUCAAAGUGUACCGGAGCCAGGCGUCAACCAGACUGGCAGCAUUGGAGGAGGCAGCGGAGGGGAGGACGGCGUCUUACCAGAGGGAGAUCCUUCACCUGCAGAGGCUGCUGAGAGAAAGACAGGAGGCUGAGGAGAAAGUGCUGCAGUCCAAACGGGAGAUAGAGGAAGAGCUGGAGGUGGUGUGGCAGGCGGCGACAAGGGAGAACCAGCAGAUGAGGGAGUCUCUUUGGGAUUCCAAACUCACCGGAGACCUCCGCAGCCGGCCUGCUCAGGCUCCCGAUGAGAUCGUUACGUCCUCCCAGCAUCAGCACAAGCAUGGGCUGGAUUUCUACUGCUGAAAUACCCACAGCAAUAACCUGCAGGUGUGCCUGUCUGCUCAAAAUAGACCCUUCAGAUAACUGUCAGCUUGUUAUAGUGAGCAUGUCAGCCUGCAGACAUCCGGGAGCUUGACUUCACGUCUGAUUGUUUUUCUAUCAGUCUGAUACCUGAAAUUAGUCUGUAGAUGGAAAUGUUUGCAGUAACAAGUGGGAGGAAACAGUAUUCACUAAACAGGUAAACAGUAAACAGGUAAAAAUGGAAAAUGUUAUAAUGACUCAUAACACUUAGCUGAUGAAUAAGUAUCUGUCCUUAGACAAACUUCCAAUUUUUUUUUGCAUAUAUUUGUAUUUUUUCAAUUAUUCUCAGGGUUUUAUGAAACAUGCCAAGUAUAACGUUAUACAGGAUAGUGGAGAGUUCAGUGGGGCCUUUUGAGUCCCUGAGCAAAGGUGGCCAUCUGCUGGACAAAUGCAGUAAUAGCAUUUUCACUGUCAGAGGUACAGAACAGGCAGACAUGCAAAAAAAAUGUGUUUACAGGUCUAAAUUAUAUAAAGUGAGAGAUGCCAUUCACACACUUAAUUUUUUUAAUCCCACAGCAUCAAAAUGACUGUUGAUCAACAUGGCAAAGAACAUAAUAAUAAAAAAGUUAAAGUAUGUGCAUAUAUGCUUGGUCAUCAUAUUGUUACCUUUUUAUUAAAUAUCUCAUUAUUUCCAGACUUUGCUGAUAUGCUUGAAGUUGUCAGUUGUUUUUGACUUGCAGUUGGAUUUAUUCUACACACACACACAGCAGUGCACUCACCAUUCAG